AUGUCGCUUGUUGAGCAAUACCAUAAAAUAAAUUAUUCGAUAAACUGCGAUAAUACUUGGUCCUAUUUGGCGACACCGAGUUUUUUUGAAAACGCCUGUCAUAUUGGAACUUUUUUCAUGUUGGUAUUAUCAUCUUAUGCAUUAUUUUUAAUGUUGAAAGUUUCACCAUCGACAAUGAAAGCAACAGUACCGUAUAUGGUACAUUUACAUAUUUGGUGAGGUUUUUUGCCAAAUUAAGAUGUAGUAAGAGUUUUGUCUUCGGUAGAACAACAAUUUUUGAUUAAGCUUAGCUACGCAUUUGCGAAAUUUGCAAUUCCAAUUUUCUGAAAUUUCAUUAUUUUUCCAGGACAAUGACUUGCGAUUUCAUGUUCGCAGUUAUGGUUUGCCCUUAUUAUUUUCUACCCCUUGUAGCCGCUCGACCUUUAGGAAUUUUGAUUUAUUUUGGAGUUCCAUUUGUAGUUCAAAUUUGGCUAGCAUUUGCAGCCCUUGGAGGUUUUUUUUCUUUCUUAAAUUUUAUUUUUUCAAAUUGCCUGUUCAGGUAUGACAUGUGCUAUCGUAACAUUGUUUGAACAACGUCAUCGAUUAAUUGUGACUAGCUCAAAAUUUGUGAUGCGUAGAAGGUCAACUAGAAUUAUAUUUAAUUUCAUUCUUUAUGGUUAUCAUAUUAACUUUGGGGUUCCUGAAAUUGUAACUUUGCCUGAUAAUCAACAAGAAUUGAAAUAUCAAUUUUUAAAAACCUACCCUUGUCCGCCUGAAAUAUACUUUGAUGAUGAAAUGUUUGCACUCCAAAAAGAUGGUUCACUUUUCAAUCCACAUAUGUAUUUCACAUGUUUUUCAAUCACACUUAUUUGCUCAUUUUUCGUUCUUCAUACUUUCAUAACACUUCUUCCUGGUAGAAAUCCGAAUAUGUCAGCUGCAACCAGAAAGCUUCAAAGAAGUUUCUUUUUCUCAAUGUGUAUUCAAGUUUCAAUUCCAGUUUGUGUGAUUCUGGCCCCAAACAUUUAUUGGAAUCUAUCAAUCACAUUUCAAUUCUAUUUCCAAGAAGGUAAUAAUUUGAGUGUUAUUUGUUUUACACUUCACGGUGUUUCUGCAUCAAUGGCAACUAUUUUUCUUUAUAAACCAUAUCGGAAGUAUACUUGGAACCUAUUUUUGAGUGGUAAGAAAUAGGAAUGUUCAGAGAAAAACUAUCUAUCAUUUUUACAGUGAUAUUCAUGAAGAAGAUCCAAGUGUCCACAGAAUCCACAAGAGCUUUUAUAAACACUGGAGUUUCCGGAAAUUCUAUACAUCAUAGAUGA